CGGGAAUGGCACUCUGGUCGUCGGGUUCGCAGCACAGCGUGCUAACCGCUGCGCCACCGCUCCCCACACGUAGCUCAGUACACCGCUUGCUUACAAUCACCUGCAGCUAAGCGCUGUGAAAACAGUGAGGGCGAAUUCUUCCUGUUAACGCGUCCACGGACAGAUUUAUCGCAGAAUCGUCACGCUAAGAACCUCAGGCCGAUUGGAACAGUCGCGGAAUCCACAUCACUUGCUUCUCAUUGAGGUUACGGUUCACGCAAAUGCGCGGACAGUGCUCGUGUAGCAUGAAUACCUGCUGGUGGUGCUGCUGCCUUGGCAAUGGUGCACAAGCAUCAUGAUGAAACAAACUCAACACAACAUUCGUCAAUAACACGGUGGCCUUAAAAGCAAAACUAUAUAAUAGGCGACGUUUCAGGCAAUAUCACUUCAUGAACUAUGAAAGGCAAUAAUACUGCCUUAAAUGGUAAAUAUAUAUUGUGUGUAGUGUAGUGUGAGUGAUUGCAGAACGAGUCAGCGAAAUGUACUAGGAGGCAACGUUUUGGGCAAUGGCCCUUAAUAAUUGAGGAAAAGGCCACCGCCCGAAACGUCACCUUAGCCAGAGUGUUACUGACGACUGCAUUGAAUUUUGGUUAACGUGCGUGAUCUCAAUCGACGCGACUCGGACAGUGUGGUGGUGGUGAGAGGAACAGAGCCGGGCAGGGCGUGCCGGCCAGUCCGGUUUGUGAGCGGCGCCGUCGUCUCCGCUGCCACGAGUUUCGCCCACGCCUCGGAGCCGCUCGCGCCACGGAGUUUUCUGCAGGAUCUGCCACGGCCGCUGAGGCCGUCGCGGAUCAAUCACGCGGCGGUCGGCGGGGCGAAGGCUCCACUCCCGGUUCCGUGAGCACCCCCUGGCGCCGAGUAUGUUUCAGUGGCGAGCCUGCUGCCGUAUCAAACCCGCCCUGCAGUACUCUGCGUGGCCGGGAAGGCAAUGACUCGACCGCCGUCACCUGGCCCUGCCUCAACCACCUACAACCAUUGGUGAAGAUGUGCACGUUACCGCCACGUGGGACCGGUAGAGGGAAGCAUCGGAGCGCCCAGCGGCUGCCUCCACCGCCAAGACCGCCAGCAGGAGGAGAGCGCCUCCUCCAUCCGUCCACCCGCUGCUCCACACACAGCCCUCAGUGGGAGUGCAUCAUUUCAACAGCAUUGGUUCAACACAAGCAAAUCUCUUUACCGAUUUCGAUAGUCAGUAUCUCAUCAGCAAUGAGGCUUAAGCCAACGGUCUUUAAGUGGAGAUACGUAAAUGUGAAGGGAGCAAAUUGGCUGCGUCAGUUUGUUAUUUAUAUUCUCCUCAGUGACGCGAGUGAAUAUUCUGCGUUGUAGAUUCCAGAGUUUUGCAUCGAACCAAGACCCAUCUUUAACAGAGGAGGCUCUUUGCUGUAACACCGCUCCAGAGUUUUGCUUGCUGCUGAAAGUAUGCACUCCUGGAAAACCGGGUGGCUGAUGGGAUGUGUAAAACAAUUUUUUAGGUGGAGACAGACAUGGGAGGAAGCCGACUCCUCUGCAUAGUCACUGCGUGAAUAUGGGUCACCUGCUUCGUGCGAACUCAUGAGGCACUCGGCCCCCUUCCCGAGCCGAUUACCGGCUCCGUUUCUCUUGCAGCCUCACCACGUAUUUGUUUUUUAUAAUGUAUACAACUGCUCACCUGGAGAAUCCAUCGCGUCUCGUUUGUAAGGGCACCCAGGGAGGCAAACGACACGUACACAGCAAAAACAUAUCUGAACCAGUCCUGGGCCUCUCCUAGGUCGACUCAGCUUCAAAUCAGUACCAGAUACAAUGAAUAAACAUCAGAACUGGGGAGACAAAGGUAGCCGGGCGUGGUGCUGGCCACCCUCGUGUGCCGUGCCGGCCUUCAUAGGUGCUCGCUAACAGCACUUGCCCCAACAGUGUGUUUAGGUAAAAAUACUAGAUCUUUGUCUUUGCCUGUUUGGGUGAGUGUAGCAGCUGUGUGUGUGUGAGUCUGCCUGUUGGUGGUGGGAGGUCGUGACAGGUGGAUGUGUCCUGUACGAUGAGAGUACACACGGGCACGGGCGGGCGACACAUGGCACCACUAUCCACCACUCCGACUUUUCCAGACCAUUACCUCCCUCCGCCCCCUCCGUGAUCCCCGCGAGGGGUUAACGAGGGGGACAAACACGGGAGACGGGGCUCGGCAAGCAGGGGCUGGGGCGAGGGGGGGUGUUGUUAAUUGCGCGGCGAUGCGUACCGAGUCACAGUGUCCCCCCUCCCAUCCUGCUCCCCCUCACCGGCCCCGCCGUGAGGGGCCUCACCUCGUCUCACUUGCGUGCUAGAGGCGACAGCAGCAGCAGCAGGGGCCGAAAUGGAGGAGGGGAACAGCAGCAGCUACCGCCCGGGGAACGAGACGGAGCCCGGGUAUGGGAUGGGCGCCUCCUUCAGCACCGCCGACAUCGUGGUGAUCGCCGCCUACUUCGCGCUCAACGUCCUCGUGGGCGUGUGGUCAUCGUGCCGCGUGAGCCGCAACACCUUGCAGGGCUACUUCCUCGCCGGAAGGGACAUGGCGUGGUGGCCGAUCGGAGCGUCUCUGUUCGCCAGUAGCGAGGGCUCGGGGCUCUUCAUCGGCCUCGCGGGGACCGGAGCAGCAAGCGGCAUCGCGGUGGCAGGGUUCGAGUGGAAUGCCACCUACGUGCUCCUGGCGCUCGCCUGGGUGUUCGUGCCCGUGUACAUCUCAGCAGAGAUCGUGACGAUGCCCGAGUACCUGCAGAAGCGUUUCGGCGGGGAGCGCAUCCGCAUGUACCUGUCUGCGCUCUCCCUUCUGCUCUCCGUCUUCACCAAGAUUUCCACCGACCUCUACUCGGGGGCGCUGUUCAUCCACGUGUGUCUCGGGUGGAACCUCUACCUCUCCACAGUGCUCAUGCUGGUGGUGACAGCACUCUACACCAUCGCCGGAGGCCUCGCCGCUGUCAUCUACACGGAUGCGCUGCAGACGGUCAUCAUGAUCAUCGGGGCCGUGAUCCUCAGCGUGUCCGCGUUCCGACAGAUCGGGGGCUACGCGAGGCUGGAGGAGGUUUACCUGCGUGCGAUACCAGCGCGCAUCAUCCCCAACGCCAGCUGCCACUUGCCGCGCGCCGACGCCAUGCACAUGUUCCGCGACGCGCGCUCCGGGGACCUGCCCUGGCCCGGGAUGCUCUUCGGCCUCUCCAUCCUAGCCACUUGGUACUGGUGCACGGACCAGGUGAUCGUGCAGCGCUCACUGUCCGCCAAGAACCUGAGCCAUGCCAAGGGUGGCUCCAUUUUGGCGAGCUACCUCAAGAUGCUGCCCAUGGGGCUUAUCAUCAUGCCUGGCAUGAUCAGCCGUGCUCUCUACCCCGACUCUGUGGGCUGUGUGGACCCGGGCGAGUGUCGCAAGGUGUGUGGCUCGGAGGUCGGCUGCUCCAACAUCGCCUACCCCAAGCUCGUCAUUGAACUCAUGCCCAGCGGACUGCGAGGACUUAUGAUCGCUGUGAUGAUGGCUGCCCUCAUGUCCUCCCUCACCUCCAUCUUCAACUCUUCCAGCACACUCUUCACCAUGGACAUCUGGAAAAAGUUCCGGCGCCGUGCCUCUGAGCGGGAGCUGCUGCUUGUUGGAAGGCUGGUAACCGUGAUCCUGGUGGCCGCGAGCCUCGUGUGGAUCCCCAUCUUACAAAGCGCCAACAGCGGGCAGCUCUACGUGUACAUCCAGUCGGUGACGAGCUACCUGGCGCCGCCCGUCACCGCCGUGUUCGUGCUCGCCGUCUUCUGGGAACGCACCAACGAGAAGGGCGCGUUCUGGGGGAUGAUGGUGGGGCUGGCGCUGGGCGUGAUGCGCAUGGUGCUGGAGUUUGUGCACCCGCCGGGGCGGUGCGGCGAGGCCGACCUGCGCCCCACCAUCGCCCGCCUGCACUACCUCUAUUUCGCCAUCAUCCUGUGCGGCCUCAGUGCCAUCGUCAUUGUCGCCGUCAGCCUCCUCACCGAGCCACAGCCACGCGACCGGGUGGUGGGGCUCACGUGGAGGACCGCGUCGCACAGAGCCACGCGGCAGCGCACUCUCCCCGCCACCACCCCCCCGCACAAAGGUUGCGGGGAGCCUGGCUGCUCGCGCCCCUGGCGGGGAGCCGGCAGGGGACUGUGCGCCGGUGAUGCAGCCCCGUCCCCCGCAGUGGCCCCGCGGAACCAGGCUGCGAGGGAUGAGGGCGAGCGGCCCCUGUGGGCCCGGGUCUGCUGCGUCAACGCUGUCGUCUUAAUCUGCGUCAACAUCUACUUCUACGGCUACUUCGCUUAGAGGCGUGGCCAUGGAGGAGCAGAUGCCACUCACCAGCACGCUCACCGGACUCAUCAUUACGCACUCACUUCGGCCAGAACGAUCUGACGCCCUGCUGAUCCGAUUGUAUGUUUACUUAUUAAACUCAACGCUUGUUCAGCAGGGUGCUGCCAAGUUCACAGUUGGGGGUGAUAUUGUUGCUGCUGUGUAAUUCCAGUUGAGUAAUUUGCAGGUAAUUUUUCAGCAUUGGGAUAUUUGGCCAAUCCCAGAUAAAAUGCAUGUGUUUUUAGCUGUGAGAGGAAAUCAGAAAACCCAGAGGAAACCCAUGCAUAACAGGGGAGAACAUACAAACUUCAUACAGAAAGGUUCCCGGGUACGGAAUCAAACACGACUGCGCUGCCGUCUUGCCGCCUGGUGUGGUGGUCGAGUCUGGAAUGGAAUCUGUUUCACUCAAAGAAGCCACACAUUUCGCCUAUUUAUAUUUUACACAUCCCAUCACUCAUGCUAAUGAGACGCAGUACUGGUCCACAGUUUUGCUUAUAAAUCUUGACUCAAAGCUUUCGUGACUGCAGGAAUUCAUAUUCUUUGUGUCUUUCGGUAAAGUCACGUUAUUUUCUUUGAACCUAUCUACGUGACUUUACCUAAAGACCAAAAGAAUAUAGCUUUUGCUUGUCUUGAACCAAUAAUGCUAACAUGCUGUUUCGCAGAAGGCUGUGGCCAAUGGAACGAAUUCAGUUUAUCGACACUGCCAAUUUACGCUCCAGCCCCACAAUGCUCCAAGACACAUUCCCACCUCACAGCAAAGCUACUCAUCGCACCACUCCACGCAUACGAAUUCUAAUCGACGUGCUCGUUAACGUUACUGCUUACGAGGACCUUAAUUGGCAUUGGUGAUUUUAUUGACAUAAUACAUGUGCUUGAUAAAACAAUUGGUUGUGUAUGAAACACACUCCAGAAAUCCAGCGAAUAAAGAUCCUGAGGUUCUGUCAGUGAGCAGAUUGCGCAUGGUUCCAGACGUCUGCAGGCACCACCUGAAUCCCCAACCCUGGCCCCGCCACCCACACUCGAGCACCAUUGCGGUGUCAAGACUAAAACAACCGAGUCGUGGUCCCUGGCCUUGCUGGGCAGUGGCUUGGGAGAUUGGCACCAUGUCCGAUGUCUGGCUUGGGACACUGGCAUCACUGCUGCCUGUAGACCAGCCUAGCCACUCAUUCCCACUCAGUGGCCCAUUCAUCACUUAGCGACUUGUUGCUCACUACUCACAGCGGCUGGUCCCUCACCACUUACAGGGGCCUGUCGCGCACCACUCGGUGGUCUGUGACUCGGCACAAAGUGGACUGUCAUCACUAAGUGGCCUUGGGCACAUCAUCAGUCAUGUUCAAUUUCACAGCCGGAGGAGAGUUAACGAGGAGCUGCUCAAAGUACCUGGUCCACACAGGCCUACACUCUCCAGGGUCUGAUACAAGAGAUCCAUCGGUCACUUUCAGAGGCCCCUCGAGGUUCAGGUUUGGAGCACCCGAUAGGCUGACCGUGGGAUCACCGUACACAGGUGACUAAUUUGGGUAGCCAGAAUUUAUUUGUAAUGAAAUAUGGUGCUGGUUACUAUGUUGAACUAUAUUGUAGGAAACUGUACAGUAGUUUUGACAGAUCGAGGGCAAGUGAGAAUUAAGUCCUGUGUUUGCUCAAUGGAAGAGGUGGCAAGUCCCCGUGCACAACAGAGAACAGACGCCUGUGGAGUGGGAGUGGGUAAAGGGAGCAUCGCAAGAGGAGCCGACAGCGUAGCCGGCACUGUGUCCCCCACCGCGGGCAGCAGGGGGCUCUCCCCACACUGCGACGUCAGACGCGGCUCACAGACAUGCGAAUUUCUCAGCACAAGGCAAAAAACCCAAAAACGCUAAA